UCCCCGCCCGCUGUGCAGCUGACGCGAGACGCACGUCCGGACGUGUGUUGUUAUUUCACGACUUCAAGAUGGCGUCUAUCAUGGAGGGUCCGCUGAGUAAAUGGACGAACGUAAUGAAAGGUUGGCAGUAUCGUUGGUUCGUGUUGGACUACAACGCCGGCCUUCUAUCCUAUUACACGUCAAAAGACAAAAUGAUGAGAGGGUCCCGGAGAGGCUGUGUCCGUCUCAGGGGGGCUGUGAUUGGUAUUGAUGAUGAGGACGACAGCACCUUUACUAUAACCGUCGAUCAGAAAACCUUUCAUUUUCAGGCCCGUGAUGCGGAUGAGAGAGAAAAGUGGAUCCAUGCGCUAGAAGAGACGAUCUUGCGUCAUACUCUCCAACUACAGGGUGUGGACUCCGGGUUUGUUCCAAGUGUUCAGGAUUUUGAUAAGAAGCUUGCCGAGUCAGAUGCUUACCUUCAGAUCUUAAUUGACCAGAUAAAGUUAUUUGAUGACAAGAUCCAGAACUGCAAAGAUGAUGAACAGAGAAAGAGUAUGGUAGAAUCCAUCAAGCACUGCAUUGUGUUGCUGCAGAUUGCCAAGGACCAAACUAACGAGGACAAGCACGCAGAUGGACUUCUAAGCACUAUAAAUCCCGUGGAUUCUAUUUACCAGCCCAAUCCGUUGGAUCCAGCUGUGGUACGAACCAUGCCAACACAAACUGUUCCAUUGCCAGAGGCUGUGCAGGUUGGUAAAGGAGAGCAGCGUCCAUCAUCUUUGGCUGUUGGUUCAGUAGUAACUGGCCUCGGCAGCCAUCAGACUCCCACUCCAAAUAGCACAGGAAGUGAUCAGUCUGUUCCCAGCAGUAGUUUGACCUCCCCAAGCCACGUCAAUAUGUCACCGAACACAGUCCCAGACUUCUCAUACUCCAGCAGUGAGGAUGAAUUCUACGACGCAGAUGAAUUUUACCAGAGCAGCUCCUCCCCAAAGCAUUGCAUGGACACAACGGAGUCUACAGCCGCCCUGACACGCAGCAGCACAGGGACCAGCUUGAAAAGACCAGACACAACAGAGUCCAUCAAUUCCUCAAUGUCCAAUGGAACCAACGAUGCAGAUCAGUAUGACACUCAUGAUGACCGGGAUGAUGAAGAAGGGGAGUCAGUGGAGGAACACAAGAGUGUUAUUAUGCAUCUGUUGUCCCAAGUCCGCCUGGGUAUGGACUUGACUAAGGUUGUGCUCCCCACGUUUAUUCUUGAGAGACGAUCUCUGCUAGAGAUGUAUGCUGAUUUCUUUGCACACCCUGAUCUGUUUGUGAGCAUUGGUGACCACAAAGACCCCAAAGACAGGAUGAUCCAGGUGGUACGGUGGUACCUGUCCGCAUUUCACGCAGGCCGCAAGGGGUCUGUAGCUAAGAAGCCUUACAACCCCAUACUGGGAGAAGUUUUCCAGUGUCACUGGGUUCUACCUGGUUCAGAAAAUGAUGACUCUGAGCCAGUUUCUGAAGGACCGAUUCCAUGGGCUUCCAAAAACAAUAUCACAUUUGUGUCCGAGCAGGUCUCGCACCAUCCACCAAUUUCAGCCUUCUAUGCCGAAUGUUACAACAAGAGGAUACAGUUCAAUGCUCACAUCUGGACAAAGUCCAAGUUCUUGGGGAUGUCUAUAGGAGUCCACAAUAUUGGGCAAGGUUGUGUGUCCUGCUUAGACUAUGAUGAACACUACAUUGUAACCUUCCCCAAUGGAUAUGGGAGGUCCAUCCUCACUGUGCCAUGGGUGGAGCUCGGAGGAGAAUGCAACAUCAACUGUUCCAAAACCGGCUACAGCGCCACCAUCACCUUCCACACCAAACCUUUCUAUGGUGGGAAGAAGCACAGAGUCACAGCGGAAAUCUAUUCUCCUAAUGACAAGAAGUCUUUAUGUUCAGUGGAAGGAGAGUGGAAUGGUGUUAUGUAUACAAAAAAUGCAAGUGGGGAGAAUGUCGUUUUUAUAGAUACCAAGAAUAUGCCUAUGGUAAAGAAGAAGGUCCGCAAGUUGGAAGAUCAAAUAGAAUUUGAAUCCAGAAGGUUAUGGAAAGACGUCACAUACAACUUGAAGGUCAAAGAUAUUGACGCUGCCACUGACGCAAAGCACCGCCUGGAAGAGCGGCAACGAGCUGAAGCCAGAGAGCGCAAAGAAAAAGAAGUGCAAUGGGAGACCAGGCUGUUUCAUGAGGAUGGCGAGUGCUGGGUGUACGAUGAGCCACUGCUUAAAAGAUUGCCCAUCAAGCAAUGAGAGGCCUAUAGAACAAUCAGAACAGAACCCUAUCAAGAACCAGGUGAAGUCCAGAAAAAAACCAAGAUGGUAUUGUGACAUUUCCGGAUGAUCCGACUCUCUCUCUGGUGCUGGGAGUGCCCUUACAUUGCAGCGGUUCUUUACUCAGGGAUACUGGACUUCAACAGAGUGACAAUUCAAACAGGACAUGGUGUCCAUGAUCCACAAUAACGCUUUAAAGGUCCUGUACUUCCCCCAUACAAAGCAUAGCUGGUG